AUGUUUGGAAGCGAAUUUAUUCAAAAACUUGAAUAUAAAGACCAAUUUAUUUUCGAUUCGGAAGAGGAAAAUUGUUGUUGUUCACAAGAGGAUUUUAUUAAAUUUUUGCAUUUCUCAAUUGGUUGUCCAUUGGGCAUUGAUUGUACUCUUGUGGAUGAUGCACAAACAUGCGCUUCAUUACUUUAUUUGGCCGAUAAAUACCUUUGCACUCGCCUUUUAAAUUUUUUAUUGGAGAGGGGUUUGGCUGCUCGUCUAAUUACUGGGCAAACGCUUCCCCUCUUUCUUCCGUUGGUACUUGCAAUUCCAACAUUAGUUUAUGGAGGUGGUCUAAAGGAUAUUUGUAUGUUAGCUCUUCUGCAAUAUUCAAAUAAUUCAGAACUUCUCUACACUCUCAGGCAUAUUUCAAAAUGUGAUUCGGGUAAAUCAAAAACAAAAGCGAUCGAUUCUUUAUUAGAAAUGUUACAUUCUUUUAUAAUUUGCCUUGAUCAGGGAUCGGAUAUUGCUUAA